AUGCACAAGAGAGGCAAUAGUCGAGACGUAGACCGCCGUCGCGACCAUGUCGCUCGCUUACAGAAGAGCAAGGAGUGGAAGGCCAAUCGAACUCUUCCUCCCGCCAACGCGGACUGGCCAACGUGCCUCAUCAUUGCGCCGAGCAGCGUAGUGGGUAACUGGGAGCGCGAAUUCGAAACGUGGGGAUAUUUCGAAGUCGGGAUGUACAUCGGACCACCAACGGCUCGCGCCAGUGUCCUAACGGACUUCAAGUUGGGCCGCCUGGAUGUCCUCGUGACUUCCUUCGAAGUCGCCCGGAUAGACAUCGAUCUGAUAGACGAGCUCCCCUGGUCUUGCAUCUUCAUCGACGAGGUACACCGUGUCAAGAACCCGCGCUCGAAGUUGGCAGAGGCAUUCAGUCGGUUCACGUGUCCACGACGCUUCGGGCUUAGCGGUACAGUCAUCCAGAACGGCUAUGAGGAACUCUGGACAGUGUUGGACUGGACGAACCCAGGGUCGGUCGGAACGAAGAAGCAGUGGGAGACGUACGUCGAGAAGCCGCUGCGCGUAGGCCAGAGCAAGUCGGCCACGGAUGAAGAGCACUUACAAGCCGCUCUGGUCGCCAAGCUCUUGACGGAGAAGCUGUUGCCACACCUAUUCCUCCGCAGGUAUCGAAUUGACAUUCCUCUUCAGCUCCCGCAAAAGACAGAUCAAGUUGUCUUCUGUCCGCUUACUCCCGUGCAGAUUGCCGUCUACAAGCGCAUACUUGACCUCGAAGCUGUCGCGAACCUGGUCCACAAGGACAAGGCAUGCGACUGUGGCUCAAAGAAGGCGCGGAAGAAAUGUUGCCAUCCCGUCCAUCCGGGCGACCUUUUCAAGUACAUGUCGACGUUGAUCAAGAUUGCCAACCAUUUGGCCCUUAUACUGCCAGCGCCGACGGACACCAUAGAUCAGACCGCACGCAACCGAGAAUUGUCUCGACUGGCAUUCCCCACUGGAGCUCUUCCGAAGUACGGCCCUUCGAUGCUGCGGCCGGAGUAUUGCGGCAAGUGGCAGGUACUGGAAACGCUUCUCAAGGGAUGGAAGCGAGAAGGCGGAAACAAGGUCCUGAUCUUCACGAAGUCGGUGAAGCUAUUGGAGAUGUUGGAGUUCCACCUGAAUUCGCGAAACUACGGCUUUGUGAAGCUCGAUGGCUCGACGAAACAACCAGACCGAAUGCCGAUGAUCGACCGGUUCCAGGAAGAUCCUGCUAUUUUCGUUUUCCUGAUAUCCACGAUGGCUGGCGGCACAGGCUUGAAUCUUACGGCGGCGAACAAGGUGGUCGUCUUUGAUCCCAACUGGAAUCCUGCACACGACCUCCAAGCCAUGGAUCGAGCCUACCGCUUCGGACAAACACGAGACGUGGCUGUAUAUCGGCUGCUUGGCGCAGGCUCCAUCGAGGAGCUCAUCUAUGCGCGGCAAGUGUACAAGCAACAGCAGAUGCAGGUCGGGUACAACGCCAGCCUCCAGACAAGAUACUUCGAGGGCGUCCAAGGAGACAAGCACAAACGAGGGGAGCUGUUUGGAAUCCAGAACAUCUUCAAGCUGCACGAGCACACGCUGGCGACGAAGAUGGCGAUCGAGCGGGCUCAUGUCAGUGACUUGGACUGGGCCUUUGCGUACAUGGGUGGCAAGAACGGAGUCGUAAAGCGCCCUCAGGCCAAAGCGAAGAAAGCGGGUGUACAUUGGGUGUAUGAAGAGGAGGCGAAGACAGGAAAGGACUACGACGAAUUCCGCGGGCUUGGAGCGCUACUCUUUGACGACGCGCCGCCCGAAUUGGACCACAAGCCGGACGAUAUAGAGAAGACCCUCAACGCAAUCGGUGUUCACUAUACCCAUCGCAAUGACGACCUCAUCGCCCCGAGCGCCAUCGAAGGGCAGCGAAUGCAGGUCAUGCUCCAGAGAAAGAAGAAAGCCAAACAGGCAAAGGAACGUCGCGAUUCCGGAAAGAAGGGGAAGGACAAGACGUCCGAGCCAGAGUGGCCGCCUCGCCGCAGGCAUCACAAGGCACCGCCCAGUCCGCGCUCGAAGCUGCAGAUACGCCAGCGCGCGCUGAUAGAGCAAGGCCUUCUUAAAGACCCGGAGGACCUCCCGAAGUUUGCACAAGAAUUCGCCCAGAAGACUCUGGAGGAGCAAACGGCGUUCCUUGCGCAGUUGGACGACUACGCAAAGAAGCACUUCUAG